GUUCUAUGCAGUUUUUUACUGCUGCUGCGACAUACAUGUAUCUGUGCGUCUCAGUGUAAAAUGAAUAGCUUACUCUGUCAUGCUGCAUCGAUGCUUUCGUUCAAUAGCAUAAUACGAUAAGGAGACAGUAGCUAUGACAUGAUACACACUUCUAUGAUAGUAUUUCUUCAGUAGUAUUUGACAGCAUCAAUCCCAAUAUGUAUAUCCUUCGGCAUUUGGGUUAUUUUUUUUUAUAUUUAUUCCCAGGUAUAAACUGUAAAGAUAAACGGAAUAAUAUUUUGCAACGUGCACGAACCCUAAAUUUAAUAGCACAAAAUCUCUCUAUCGAUGAAGGCCGUCUGGUAGCGGUAGUUUCGCUUACUCAAACUCUUAGACAUCCACCAUAUCUUAUACAAUGUUUGUUUGAUGCAUUCAUGUUAAGCUGCCAUUUAUGUACCCUAAUUGUUUAUUCUUUGAAAUAGGUAUCUUUAAAUAUCUUUGAAUACUGAAAAUAUCUUUGAGAAACGGUAUUUGUUCCCAGUGUUAUCACUGGUGCGUCUAUUUCACAUAUCUUUUCGUGUCCCUUUUACUUUUUUGCGAUAAGAAUAUGCCACUAUCUGCGACAGGCCACUGAAGUGGUCCACUAGCCUUGGGGCUUCUGCAGUCGCGGCUAUUGGAAAGGUGAACUGAGCCCGCACACCGAAGCACGUCCAUCUACGUGGAGAUAGACAUAGCACGGAACAACACGCAACCGCUGCAGUGGUAGCAAGCUAUUUCAUUUGUGGUAUCAGUGGCGGCUUUAGAGCCCUUAGACUGGCUUGCGGACGGCAGAACGCAGCAGUUCCGGGAUGCCACAGUGGGUUUCAUCUAGAAGAGUCCUGCGUGAACCAACUGAUUUGAACCAACGGCUGCUGACCGCUUCGUCACUGAUGUUCGCUGCGGCAUACCGCACCGAGACACUUCGAUGCAAACAUGGAUACGCGCCGAGCAGGUCGUGAAAAGUCAUCGGAGGCGCGCUGUUGCAGUUAUCCCACAUAAUAUGCGAUUGUCUUCCUCAAAAACAGCAUAAAUCGAGGCAUUUUCGGUGACAGUGGCGCCCCCACCGCCAGGUCGAGGGAGAGGGCUGACUGAGGCGCGGGUAGCUCUCACGGCGUUAGCUUUCACUCGAGCACCGGCCGCCGAUCGGACAGGAUCUUCUCGUGUCUUUACGCAGCUGCAGCGCACAAGCAACAACAACAACUUACAGUCGUCAUCAUGCCGGCCACCCGUUCUCGUCAGAGCACUGAGAAGCCCGUUGAAGAGGUUCCGACCGAGCCCACUAAGGUUGGAGACGAGGCCGCCGAGGAGGUGAAACCCGCUGACGUCGAAGCCAAGGACGUCGCUGAGGCAACCGAGGCCGAUAAGGACAAGGAGCCCUCAUCGACGGAGGAGAGCAAGGAGGCCGAGGCAGCUAAGGAGAACGGCGAAGAUAAGGACACCGUUGAUGACGCCGAAGACGACGACGAAGAUGAUGAGGCUGAUGAGGCUGACGACGCCGUCGAAGGCGACAAAGAGGAAACCAACGGCGAUGCUGCAGAAAUUGGCGAUGGUGACAAGCGCCCCGCAUCUGGCGACAGCGAGGAUGCCUCGCCGGCUAAAAAACUGAAGCCCGAUGAAGAGGCCAGCGAGGAUUCGACACCAGCCGCCGAAGCCGCCGCUGCCGCCGAUGAUGCCUAAACAGUACCAACAUCAAGCGUUUACCUACA